AUGGAUCCUCCAGACAAUGAGCAGCUUGUCGCGGACACCCUCGGCGUGAGCAAUGGCCGAGCUCGAGCGCUCCUCCGAAGCAACGACAACGACCCCGACAAGGCAAUUCAAUCGUACCACAAGAUCAUCGUCGCCUUGCCUGGACCGCCUUCGAAGCCUGUGGUACUAGCGGACGAGCAGCCUCGGUCGGGAAGCACCACGGCAAGCCCUACACCUCCAUCGGAGUCGUCAUCAUCGGACCACGGAGACGACGCUGAGGAGUGGGACUUCAUCCUUCCGCGAAUCCCACCUCCCAAGCCCCUCACAAACGGAGGCAAGGAUGGAAGCGGUGAAUUCAUCCUUGACGAGCUCGUCGGUGCCAUCCAACAUGGCGAGAGCUGCGACAGGGUCCGCAACUACCUGGCUUUCUACAGCCCUGACAUCGUUCAAGCCCAUAUAAAUGCAACUGUUGCGGGUUUUCCGGCUGUCUUCUACGUGGCAGAGACGCGCAAUCCCGAGCUUAUCAGGCUCUGGUGCAAGUACGGCGGAGAUGUCAACAUGACAGCUUCCUCCGGGCUGUCUGAGGGUGUUCCUUUGCUCGCCUAUGCCAUGGCCUUGGGCGGCUCGUUCAGAAAUGACACCACUGAUCUAGUCGCCACACUCCUCAGCGUUGGUGCCAACCCAGCAGUCCUUCCGGGGGCUUUCUACUUCCCGCUCACGCGGGACCUGGCUGCCGAGGGACCGCCAACCCAGGAGAUGCCUGAGCUGUCGCAGGCCAGCAUGUCAUGGUGUACUCCUCCUGUGCGGGCUAUGAUCGCUGCCCGUCUCAACUUCAGGCAGCGGUACUACAUGCACAUGGCCAGCAUCCUCAGGACUCACGGGCCCCGGGCAAAGCAGGUGACGUGGUACAAGGACGCCGACAACCUCCUGGGAGUUCCGUAUUUCCUCAUCGGACAGACACCAGCGGGACAGUUCCUCAUCAAGCGACUCCUCCGCCAUCUCGCGAAGCCUUCCAAGUCACCCCUCGUCAUGGUCUUCGCUGGUCCGUCUGGCCACGGCAAGACGGAGCUUGCCCGGAGGCUCGGAGAGCUUAUCUCCCUCGAGAUGGAGAUUGUGGAUUGUACGAACAAGAGCGAUGAGAAGGAGAUGUUUGGAGCUCGGGCUCCCUACCAGGGCUGGGAGAACAGCUCGCCGCUGAACAGCUUCCUAGCUCGCAACGCUGGACAGAGAUGCAUCGUAUUUCUGGACGAGUUUGAGAAGACUAGCAAGGGUGUUCACCAGACGCUGCUGCUCCCAUUUCAGAACGGUGAAUACGAAGACAGGAAGGCCAAGCAGACAGUGGACUGCUCCAGAGCAAUCUGGAUCCUAGCCACCAACGCCUUUGACGACACCAUCCAUGAGUUCUGCAAGAACAACGAAGCAGCUCUCUUUCAAUCCGGGGGCCCAGCUACCUCAGAGAAACUCGUCAAGGGUCUCUGCAAGACCCUUCGCACAGAAUCCAUCUCGCAGUUCGGCGCGCCGCUGACAGGAAGGAUCACUGAGUUUGUUCCCUUCCUGAUCUUUUCUCAAACAGAGCAGGCUGCCGUUGCCCACAAGUACCUGACUGAGUUGGGCAAGGAGCUCGCGAAACCGGUCGUGGUCUCGCGCGAGGAGGAGAAGCAGCGGUUCGUCGGCGACAUCGACCUGCAGGUCCCCAAGGACUACACCGUCUGCCGGAUCAUCGCCCACGACGAGUAUGUGGAGCAGCUGGGAGCACGGAGCGUCAUCAACGGCGUGAACCGGAUGAUCGAGGGCGAGGUGAUUGAUCACUACCUUGAGAUGGAGGAUGAGAUCAGGGAGGGCCAGGGCACCACUACGUAUCGCGUGCAAGCCAACUUGGACGACGACAUCGAGGUGUGCUACGUUCGACGCGGUGCACCUGAGUCUGACUUGUUGGAUUUGGAUGCGCAGUAG